GACGCCGGGUAGCCGCGAGCUGCGCGCAAGUCCCAGCCAGGCUCGCACGCUGAAGCGGGCAGCAGACUGUGCCCGGCAGAAUCUCCUGUGCGCUCCGCCGCCUGGCUCCUGUACCCGCGCCCAGUGGCCACCGCCUCCAAAGUGAUCGCUGCUUCGCCAUCUCCUGCGGGUCCAGGACCAUGAAGCUGCUGCCGUCGGUGCUGCUGAAGCUCUUUCUGGCUUCAGUGCUCUCCGCAUUGGUGACUGGUGAGAGCCUGGAGAGGUUUCGAAGAGGGCUGGCGGCUGCAACCAGCAACCCAGACCCUCCCACUGGAUCUAUGGACCAGCUGCUACCCACAGGAGGUGACCGUGCCCGGGAAGUCCCGGACCUGGAAGGGUCAGAUCUGGACCUUUACAAAGUUGAGUUCUCCUCUAAGCCCCAAGCUCUGGCCACACCAAGCAAAGAGGAGCAUGGGAAAAGAAAGAAGAAAGGCAAGGGGUUAGGGAAGAAGAGAGACCCGUGUCUUCGGAAAUACAAGGACUUCUGCAUUCAUGGAGAAUGCAAAUAUCUGAAGGAGCUCCGGACUCCAUCAUGCAACUGCCACCCAGGUUACCAUGGGGAGAGGUGCCAUGGGUUGAGUCUCCCAGUAGAGAAUCGCUUGUAUACGUAUGACCACACUACUGUCCUGGCUGUAGUGGCUGUGGUGCUGUCGUCUGUCUGUCUGCUCGUCAUCGUGGGACUCCUCAUGUUUAGGUACCAUAGGAGAGGAGGUUAUGAUGUGGAAAAUGAAGAGAAAGUGAAGUUGGGCAUGACUAAUUCCCACUGAGAAAGACCUUUGCUCAAGGAAUCAUCAGGGGAUGGCUACCUCUGAGAAGGCACAAAUUGCUUGCACUCUACUGAAGGAAAGGACUUCUCAACUAGCCAUGAAGACUUCUUCAUCUCCAGUUGCUAUCUUGAUUGGGCUUCUCUUAAUUACUUUGCCAAAAUACCAGAACCUUCAAGUGCCAUAUGGAAUAUGUCCAGUGGGAUCUGGAUUUGAAGAAAGUGAAAGUGGGGGAUCUUUAGAACCUUCUGAUUUUCCUCCACCAAACCUACUCUUUGUUGGUUUAAAAAAUUUAAACACUUGUCUUCUGGAUUAAAAUAUCAUUUAAAUUCCACAUGCUCCAGUAUCUCUGACUAAAAAUACACAAGAGAGACAAAAAAGAAGAAGGAAAGAUUUGUGGACUGGAAGAAAGCAGCAAAGAUUGAGAGGCCAUGUACUCUAAGAGCCGCCAAGGGAUUUGUUACUUGGACCCUCCAGCGAUGGCUUUGAUGAGCAAACUGUGAAAUACUGCAAGCCAGAGAACUCUGAAUUUUGGGACUUCUACCCAGAUGAAAAAAAUAACAACUAUUUUUUGUUGUUGUUUGUUUGUUUGUAAAAUGCCUUUUAAAUUAUAUAUUUAUUUUAUUCUAUGUAUGUUAAUUUAUUUAGUUUUUAACAAUCUAACAAUAAUAUUUCAAGUGCCUAGACUGUUACUUUGGCAAUAUCCUGGCCCUCCUCACAUCCCCACCAUCUGGCUCAAUGCCACACUUCCCUGUGGCCAAUAUGAGACGGCUCUGACCCAUCUGUAGUAAUUUAUUGUCUGUUCACGUUUCUGAAGACCUCCCAGGAUCAGAGUGUCCCGGGGGAGUUCUGAUGGUUGGGAUGUAAGAGUGGUCAGAGCCGCUCUAUGAGUUGGACUGCAGUUUUGCCUAGGCAAUUUUGUCUACCAUUUGUGUUUUGAAAGCCAAAGGUGCUGAUGUCACAGUGUAACAGAUAUCAGUGUUUCCCUGUGUCUUCUCCCUGCCAAAUCUCAGAGGUUGGGCAUCCAUGCCUGCAGCUUUUCUGACACCCCCUCUCCCCUGCCCACCCACAGAGUGGGAACCCAUUAUCCCUUGUGUCAAGACAUUUCUCACACUCCUGCCAUUCUUCUGGUGCUACUCCAUGAGAGGUCAGUGCAGCAGAGGACAGUCUGGAGAAUGUGUUAGCAAAGAAAAAUGCUGAGGAGGAACUGAAAAUUGGAGUUAACUGUUCUUGAUAAUUGAUUACCUCCCAAUUACUACAGAGAAGGUUAGAGGUGGCAAAAGCUUGUGAGUAACACCACCCCAUCACCAC